CGCAGGAUGACAGCUGGAUUCAUGGGCAUGGCUGUGGCCAUCAUCCUCUUUGGAUGGAUUAUCGGGGUGCUGGGGUGCUGUUGGGAUCGAGGCCUUAUGCAGUAUGUGGCAGGGCUUCUCUUCCUCAUGGGAGGAACCUUCUGCAUCAUUUCACUGUGCACGUGCGUGGCUGGAAUCAACUUUGAGCUCUCCCGCUACCCCCGCUACCUGUACGGACUUCCCGACGACAUCAGCCAUGGCUAUGGCUGGUCCAUGUUCUGUGCGUGGGGGGGCCUGGGCCUCACUCUUAUCUCUGGCUUCUUCUGCACUCUGGCCCCUUCUGUCCAACCUGUCCCCAGGACCAACUGCCCCAAAUCUAGACCUGAGAAUGGGACAGUGUGCUAAAACGAAUAGCAAACAAAUAACACACACACACACAUAUAUAUAUAUAUGUCUAUGUAUAGCUAUACAUGCAUAUAUAUGUAUAUAUAAUUAUAUAUAUAUAUAAUCUCAAAUUAAUGCCAGUGCCAAGGUAGAGCUGAGUCCAACACGGCACUCACAUCUCCACUGGACUCUGUGUUGCUUCGUUCUUUCUCACAGCAAUGGGAAAGCUUUUCUCUCACAUGGCUCUUCCAUCCAACUCUUAACUUCAGCAUCAUACCUUAGAUGUUGAAUGAACAUAGAGUUGCACCUACCUACUGCCAUUUGGGAAGGGGAACAGGGGGUCCGGCUGGGGGAUCUGGAACCAGAAUCUGUACAGGACAUGGAGGGUGGGGUGGGGGAGACAAAAAGCCUGUCCAUUGCAGCCAGAAGGGAAAAUGCAAAGAGCAAGCAAAGGAACAAAUCAAGCAUUUGAGCCACUCUACAACGUACCUCCUCAAGGCUAUUAUCAGAAACCCACCCGCUUUCUUUUUCUUUCUUAAAACAAAAUGACAG